AUGAUUUCUAACCGAAGAAUACUCCGUCAAUCUCACUUAUUGUUAUACAUACUGUUAUUUGUUUACAGAGAAACUGGUGUAUUCGAUCCGAACUACUUCCCAUCGGCAUCAUUACAAGUGAGAUACGUUCCAGACGGAAAAGUACUCAUAUCUUUCUGCAUGGCUAUAAUCUUUUUCAUCUCAUUGUUCUGA